CAAAUAAUUUGAGCUCAAUAUGGGUAUCGAUAUAAACCAUAAAAAGGACCGGAAGGUACACCGGAAGGAGCCAGUCUCCCAGAACGUGUAUCUCCGUCUUCUGGUUAAGUUAUACCGCUUCCUCUCCAGGAGAACAGCCGCCAAGUUCAACCAGGUUAUCUUGAGAAGACUUUUUAUGUCUCGACAAAACAGACCUGCCAUCUCUCUCGCUAGAAUCACCCGACAGAUGAAGUGUCGAGGAAGAGAAGGAAAGACUGUAGUUGUGGUCGGUACCAUCACUGACGAUAAGAGGGUAUUUGACAUUCCUCAAGGUCUGAAGGUCUGUGCUCUCCGCCUCUCAGAGGGAGCUCGCUCAAGGAUUGUAAAGAAUGGAGGAUCUAUAAUAACCUUCGAGCAGCUGGCCGUGGAGGCACCUCUCGGUCAGAACACCAUCAUCAUGCAGGGUCGCAGAACCAGACGUGAAGCUAAUAGGCAUUUCGGAGCACCAGGUCUGCCCAAAACUCAUGCCAAACCAUUUGUGAGGCUUAGGAGCAGGAACCACGAGAUGGCAAGAGGCAAGAGGAAGAGCAGAGGAUACAAAGCAUAAUUUAUUUCAUCGUAUGCCAAUUUUAUCGUAUACAAA